UCUAGUGAAAAGAGAAGCUAUUCUGAAAGUGAAUGAGUACCUGUAUAUUUUACCUGUGGGAGAUGUUGGACCUCAGGUGCAUUAUAUGAGAAUAUCAUUUGGAUAAGUCAUAAUUAAUGGAUUAGUUUUUGUCUUCUACUUUUAAAAGUAUAAGAUUAUUGAUGUCCAAAUUUAUAUGAAAAUUGCAUAAAAUACGAAUUAUGUUCAUUUAUGAAAUUAUUAACUUUUUUUGAAUGGAUAAAACCAAAACACCUGUGCUGUCAAGUCAAUUCUGACCCUAUAGGACAGCAUAGACCUGCCCCAUUGAGUUUCCAAGGGGUGGGUGAUGAGUUUGAACUGCCAACCUUUUGGCUAGUGCCAAAAGCUUAACCACUGUGCUACCAGGGCUCCCUUAGAAUGGAUAUAUUAAAUUAAAAUCAGCAGCAUUGUUUGAGAACAUAAUACAUAAAAGUUUAAAUGUUGAGGGGGUUCUAAACUUAACGAGAUGUAGGCACCAUGAUCCGGAAUGCAAGUCGUGAUAAUAUAAAUGAUGUGGUGAUGGGUACAGUAGAAUCUGUGGCAGCUGAAAGCCUAGUGUGUUUAGAGCACAGGCUGCAUGUAAGUGUGGAAUAGAGAAUUUUUGCUUUUGUUUUUUCCCCAUCAAACUUAGUUCUUUGGUUGUAAUUUUUUUGAAAUUUUGAAAUUUUAAUUUGUCUUUAUAUUGAAGAAAAUCAAGUGAGAAUACAUUAAGCAAAUAUCUAAAAUACAUGCAAAAGUAAUAACUAUAGGCAUAUCACCUCAAUACCUACUAAAGAGCAUGAAUCUGAAUUUCCUUCAAUAUAGAAAUACCAAAAGUAUAAAGAACUCGGAUUGCAUAAGUAAUAUUUCUUAACACCAUGAGUAAAUUACGUGUUGCAUACUGACAAAUUAUUAAAAAACAACAGAGGUAUAAUUUGUACCACUGUAUAUGUAUGUGUUAUCUAAUUUUGUGUGAAUAGAAAAUAAUGUAUAGUAACAGCAGAGAUGGAUAGUAGUAUGCUAUGACAAAAAUCUUGUUUGUAAGUGAAAGAUUAAAGUAGUAAUUAGCCCUCCAAGUCUGAGAUUUCCCAAGUCAUUUGAUCAAGUUUUCAUAAAGAUAUGCACAAGCUUCCUUUUAAACAAAUCUCAUUUCUGCAUCAGUCUUACGUCUUUCAGGCACCAGUAGAGCCAUGGUCAAUGCAAACGGUACCACAGGAAUAAACUUCAUUCUUCUAGGGCUCUUUAACCACACACAGAUCCACCUAUUCCUGUUUGCCAUGGUGCUUGUGAUCUUCAUCACCUCACUGAUGGGCAACGCCCUUAUGAUCAUUCUCAUUCAUGUGCACCCUCAACUCCACAUGCCCAUGUACUUCCUGCUUAGCCAGCUUUCUUUCAUGGACAUGAUGCUGGUCUCCACCAUCCUUCCCAAAAUGGCAGCCAACUACCUGAUGGACACUAGGUCUAUCUCUCCCACUGGCUGUGGAGUCCAGAUCUUCCUGCUUCUCACUCUGGGAGGGAGUGAAUGCUUCCUCUUAACGGCCAUGUCCUAUGACUGCUAUGUGGCCAUAUGUCACCCACUGCGCUACCCCAUUCUCAUGAGUCGGAAGCUCUGUUUACUCACGACAUCAGGUUCCUGGCUCCUGGGAGGGAUUGAUGGGCUGAUGCAGGCCGGUGCUACUUUGAGCUUCCCUUACUGUCACUCACAGGAAAUCAAUCAGUUUUUUUGUGAAGCACCAUCAUUGGUACACCUUGCCUGUGCUCACACCACGAUUUUUGAGUUUUUCAUGUAUGUCUGCUGCAUUCUGAUGCUCUUGAUCCCUUUGUCUCUCAUUUUGGCCUCAUACAGCCUUAUCCUGGCUGCAGUGCUCUGCAUGCGGUCAGCUGGAGCUGGGAAAAAAGCCUUUAAGACCUGCUCCUCUCACCUGGCGGUUGUGGGACUCUUCUAUGGCACCAUCAUGUUCAUCUACAUGAGGCCCAAAUCUAAUGGUUCAGAGGACCACGAUAAGGUGGUCUCAGUGUUUUAUACCAUCUUCACACCUGUCUUGAACCCCCUUAUAUACAGUGUGAGAAAUAAAGAAGUCAAGGGGGCCUUGAGGAGGUGGCUGGAAAAACAUUUUAUGUGAUAUCAAUGCUGAGCAUAAUUUGCCAAAAGGGCAGCAACCAAACUGGAUACAGGUUACGUUUCCAAAAUAUUGUUUUGCUAUUUUGUUCAUCCCAUUUAAAUUCUUCUUUUGUGUUGUAUCAAGUUAUUUUGCUCUUACUUUGCCAAUCUGGCUGCAUUGUUUUUAUUAUGGUAAAUUUAUUAUGAUUAUUUUUAUAUAUGGUAAACUAAUUAAAAAUUAUAUUUGUCCUCCUGUCAUAACUUGCAGUGGUGUUUUUGCUCUGAAAUUAGGGCUUUGGCAAUAAGUAUGAGUGAUUGAGUUUCUAAAUAGCAUAUGA